AGCACUUACCGCCUCUUGCUGUACAGCUUGCCCUACAGUGACUACCGGUCCGUCACACCUAAGUGCGGAGUCGCUGAAGUACAUAGAGUCUUAUAAAGUACGCAAAGACUCCAAAUACUCCAUCACGUGGCCCGAAGCCCGCCUAGUCCCGUGAUUGCUAGUCCCGUGAUUCGUGACAUUUGGCUGCUGCCAGCUUUCCGUAUCGUAAUAUCAGCAUUCCCCCAGCACUACAGGUGGUCAUGAUGGUCCAGACAACCAAUAUCAGCGUCUUUAGAUCAGAAUACCGAUUUCUCGUCGCCAGUACAGUUCUAAGAACGAUAUUCAUCUUCCUUAUCACAACGACACUUUUUGGCUGGUGGGAGCUCGGACGCAGUGUAACCCUGAACCCACUUGAGACGGCGAAGGCUUUUGAUGCGCCACUCCUCCGAGGACCUGGUUCGAACCCGCCGUUACCAGCCUUAAUGAGAAUUGUUGGAUCACGGAAUGCGAAAUUUGGAGAGGUCGAGACAUAUGCUGAUGAACAUGUGCGAAGACAGCUGAAGGUAGCGGACCCUGUUGAGGUUGCGAGGCCGCAAGAUGGGAUUAUGUAUGAAUGAAACUGCCAUUGGGGGCAUAUGCCAGAAUCUUUGUAACUGAAACUUAAGUCCAGGUGAAGUUUUGAACUUGGGGGAGUCUAUUGGUCUGAUCUUUACGGAAUUUAUAUAAAUAAAC